UUUGGUCAUACACACUUUCCUCCCCACUGCAGACCUUAUUAUGCACCAUAGGACUUCUUAGGCAUGAACACUGAGAGAAACACCCACGAACACAGGUAGAGAAGGACGGAAGUAAUACCAAAGGAAGAUGUCAGAGCUGCAGAGAUCUUCCCAAACAUUUAGGGGGUCUGGUUCAUCUGGUCUGAUCUGGGAGGAGAGGUUUAUGCCUAAAGACCAGAACCAGAGGAAUCAAGGGGCAGCUGGGGAGGCAGAGGUCAACAGCUUAGAACUCAAGGAGCUAAGGCACUCCCGUAGCAACGGGUCCAGGGGAGGUGUGCAGCGUAGGUGCAGUGACGGUGCAGAGCGCGGUGGCAUGCCCAGCGACAUCAACCAGGCCUUUCGUACUCGGCAUGUUCCGCCAGCUCUUGAUCCACCUUCACCCAAGUUUGCUCUGCAUGUUCUGUGGAAUUUUUAGGAAGGAAGGUCCCUCACAACCUUCCGAACCCAGAAGGUACUAGGGUGGUGCAGAUACUUUUGAGUGUUUGAGAAUAGGGAUAUAAGACAUUUUAUGGCUGAUUGAAGUUCGGGUGUAUCAUAAUAAGCAUAUGUUUGGUUUGCGUGAGGUUAUUUGAAUUGUUUCAUUGUAUGCCGUUGCUACCUUCCUUUUCUUUUCAGUAUUAUCUUGGAAGUGAGAAAAAAUAACAUGUCCUUGUACAGUUUGUGCAUAUGAUGCUUUUCUUCAUUAUACUAUGUGUGUUACA